UCCAACUUGCGCGCGCUCGCUCGGGGGGAGAGAGAGAGAGAGGAGAGAGAGAGAGAGAGAGAGAGUUCACCCUUCUGGCCCUCCGCCCACCCCCGCUGCGGCCGUCGUGCUCGGCGGCGAGAAGGCGAAGGAUGGCAGCGGCGGAGGACGCGGAGGGCGACCGCGUGAUCGAGAUCGUGUCAGCGGGGGCGCUCUACCACCGCGGCGGCGACUGGGAGCGCAAAUACUGGAGCUGCUCGAGGGGCAAGGACCGGUACCCUUACCCGGUGGGUUACCAUGCUGUCCGCCAUUUCACCGGAAUAUCCUAUGCCAUGGAAAUCCAACAGGGGCCCAAGGGUCCAAUAUUCCUGGUUACAUCCACUGAAGGAGACUCAGCGACAGGGCAGACCCCUGAUAUCGCUUGGAAGAACUUCCAGAAAAAGACUGGGGCUAAAGUGAAGAACUGGCAGAGGAGAAAGAGCUUCCCUCAAAAGAUUGAUGGUGCUGAGCUUUUUGGGUUCAAAAAUGCAUCUAUUCAGAGAUUGCUUCGUGAGCUUAUAGUAGAUUCAACUGGAGCAGUUGAACUUAACCUGCCUUGUGAAGUCACUUCUGAGGCUGGUGCACAUUUAGUUCGUAAAGAUGCAUCUGAUGUUUCCGAGGCUGAAGAUCUAUCUGUUUGCUUAGGCAUGGAAAGUGGAACUCCUAGAAGAAGUAUAGAGCGCAGCCAGGUGGAAAAUACCUUGAUAGUCCACUGCCCGGACAUGUUAACUUCAGUUGAUAAGUGCAAUGUAUCCACACAUAAAAAUACAAGUGAAGGAGAUACUGUAGGUAGAGCACUUUUGCAAGAUGUCUCUGAUUCAAGAUGCUCCCUUCCAUUGCUGGAAGAAAUCCCUAAUAAUGCACAAUCCACUUCUCUUGAUGAUAAUUUGGGAGAGCCUUCCCUAGUUUCAUCUCAACAAGUUGGUUUAUCUUCUGGUUCUUAUUCGAGCCCUGAAAAGUCUAAUAUAGAAUUGGCUGAGAAGGAAGUAGCAAAGUCUAUGAUGUCUAUUUUGCUUCCCCAAGCCAUUCCCCUUCUCAUGAAAACUUACAAAAGGAAGAAAUCCAAGCAUAAAAGUAAAGAAACCUCUACUGUUUCGGCGAAAACAGGUUCAGCUUACAAUCCAUCUGUUAGUUGCUGCCAAGGUGUAACUGUACCGACAAUUAUGGAAGAAGGUAUAAAUGAAAAUAGUCCUGGAAUGUGUGACCAUGGGGGAUCUCAUCAUGACAUGGUUAAAAAUGGCUUCGCCAAUGAUGACUGCAGAAAUGAUGACUCAGUGGUUAAAUUAGAUGAGAUGAAUGAUUACGUUGCAGAUAGUUUUGAGGAUGAUGCACACAUUUUGGGUGACCAUAUGAAGAAAUCAAUGGGUAAUCAUCACCAUUAUCGUGAGGAUGUGUGCUCUAGAGAACCUAAUGGGAAGUCAAAGUUGCUAAAUGGCAAGAGUGAAGCUUUUGAGUACCAGGCGAGUGUACAUAAGGGCAAAAAUGCACCUGAUGUGGUAUACAAUCAUGAAAAUGGACAAUAUAUUUUGUCUGAUUCACUCGUUGCUUGUCUAGAGGAUGAGUUCGGUGGGGAAGAUAGUUCCCACCCUGCAAACUACAACCAAUUUAUUGGCGAUGUUAAACAAUUUGAGCAGAAAUCUGAGGAGCUUACAAAUUUUAUAAAAAAUGACUCAUCAGUUUCGGUGGAUGUUUCAUACCACAAGAACACUGGUAAUGGAUCAAUUGAUGCUAGACAUGGUUCAGCAGUUUCGAGGAAUGAAGAGUGUUUAGCAAACAUCUUGCCUUCUCCAGUUCAUUCUAAUGCACAUAAUGAUGCUCUAAAGUGGGGUAAGCAUGAUGUGAGUUCAACUUUGAUUUCGCCACCUGCGUGUGAGGCAAAAGCAUCUUUGUUGGUCAUGCAAGAUGAACAACAUCAUACUGAAGUGGCAGCAAUUGAUCAGAAGGAAAAUAAGUUCCAUAGUGUAAGCUAUAAAUGUACAAAAUCUGAUGAUAAUACUAGUUUUCAUUCUGAGAAUGUUGAAUUUGUUGACAAACAUGUUGCUUUUGAGUCAUCAGACAAAUUCAUCCAUUCUAGUGAUGGGUCACAAAGAUUAAGGACCACUAAAGGUUGGCCUGUUGGUGACAGAAUUAAAGGAGAUCAAGGAAAUUCGCUUGGCAAAGUGGAAGAAUGUCAAAUUGGAUGUCAAAAAGGUAAUAAGAACACAAUGCUAUGUGUUUGCGGGGAAGGCAAUGUUUGUGAAAAUGAUGUUUUUCAUCACCAACCAGAUAAUUCCCUUUCUAUGACUAAUUGUACAAAUGGUUUAGUAUCUGAAUACACAAGAACACAAGCAAGAAGGUCAGAUCAUCACCUAGAGCUGGUGGGAUGCUACCUGCACCCACUGCCUGUCUUGUCUGUCAUGUUAAAUGCUAAAGAUCAUAGCAGCUUCUAUAUUUAUGUAUUGUGUGGCCUUUUGGAGAGCUGCCAUAGAUCCCUUUAUGUUUACACUAUGACUCCUAAAGACCAGAAAGAUGCGCCACCAUGUUUUGUUGGUUACACUCCCCUUCUACUGCCCACCUUGGACCAUUCUUCAACAGGAAAUUUUCCGUUUGGAAGAUCCGGUUUGCAUUUUACACCUGAUGGCCAGUUUCUGGUCCUCCUGAGCAGCAUCAGAAUACCUUCUUGCAGGAUGCAAAACAUUGAUUGCUUGUGCUCGGUGUGCAACUUGGGCCAAUGCGAAGAUAAUUCUUUAAAAAUUGUAUCUGUUAACUUUGGUUAUGUUUCACUUGUAACCAGUUUGAUGCCUUAUGGGACAGUGUCAUGCAUUCUGAUAUUUGAACCAAAUUACAUUGUAGCUACUGAAGACAGCAGAAACUUGCAUAUCUGGGAAAUGGUCGAUGAGUGGAGUGAGAUAUCUGAGCAGUAUGUGAUUCCUAGUUUGGGUAACAUGGGUCCUGUACUGGAGCUUAGAAGGAUGCCAAAAAGCACAUCUCUCAUUAUUGGCCAUGAUGGCGAAGGCGGCUUUUGUUUGUGGGACAUCUCCAUGCGCACACUAUUGGCAACUUUUGCAGCUCCAGGAAACACAGUCUUCCAGAUUCUGCCAGUUGGCUUCUGUAGUUUGCAGGAGGAUAUUAUCCAUGCUCCAGUUGAUGACAUAGAUAAAAAGCUACAAGAGAUCACAGUCAGUGACUUGUCCAGAAAAAAUGACAGGGAGAACUUUAUGAUGCCACCAAGAGAAGAUAUAGCAGUUUGGGUACUGAUUUCUUCUGCUUCUGUUGCUGAGUAUCAACAUGAUCUUCGAGCCAAGGAAAACAAUGCGCGGUGGAGGCUAGCUCUGCUAGCGAAGAAAAGAGUUUUCAUGGGAAAUGUUUUGGAUACAAGAGUUACUGCUUUAGAUGCCUGCGGUAACUAUGGAUAUGCUGGGACACAUGCUGGUCUGCUGUAUUUGUGGGAAUUGUCUUCUGGGAGAAAAGUGACUUGUACACAGUGUUUCAACGGUGGACGAGUCUCCUGUGUUGCUGUUGAUUCCAAAUCAGGUGCAGUGGUAGUGACUGAUGGUGGAUGCCAUGUAUUACUUUACACACAGGACAAGGUACAAACUGAUGCCGGAGCAGAUGGGCACAUAUCUCUUUAGGAUGAAUAAAGUAACCAUUGCAGCAAGCUAAUUGAAGUUUUGCAAUUGUGUAUAUAUAGCUUACAUUUUGUUGUGUGUAUAAGGUUUUCUGGCACUAUGCAACACAGCAAGGAUAGUUUGCUCUACAUCUGCUUGACCUGUUUAGUAAGAUAUUGUAGAUGUCUAUGUCAGCAAGUAUGUAUCCUUAGUUUCAAAAAGCAUGUGGAUAGGUGAUAGAUGCUGAAACACUAGACUAGGACCAGGAAACAUGACUAAAAACUUGCCAGACAGAUCUUUCGAAAAAAAAACUUGCCAGACUUUUAGGCAAGUGAUGUGCAGGUGUUAAGGCUAAGCAUAUGCAUUUCAUGUGCAUAGCAUACAUGUGCCCUUUUAUGACA